AUGCAGGCGGCGGCGGCUGCGUCCGUGCCCUUCUUGCUGCUCUGCGCCCUGGGGACCUGCCCUCCGGCGCGCUGCAGCCGGGCAGGAGACGCCUCAUUGACGGAGCUGGAGAAGAGGAACGAAAACCGCUUCCUGGAGCGCCAGAGCAUCGUGCCUCUGCGCCUCGUCUACCGCUCGGGCGGUGAAGACGAAACUCAACACGAAGCGCUUGACACGCGGGUGCGGGGCGACCCCGACGGCCGGCAGUUGACUCACGUUGACCAGGCAAGCUUCCAGGUUGAGGCAUUCGGAACAUCAUUCGUUCUCGAUGUCAUACUAAACCAUGAUUUGCUGUCCUCUGAAUACGUAGAGAGACACAUUGAACAUGGAGGCAAGACUGUGGAAGUUAAAGGAGGAGAGCACUGUUACUACCAGGGCCAUAUCCGAGGAAACCCUGCCUCAUUUGUUGCAUUAUCAACAUGCCAUGGACUUCAUGGGAUGUUCUGUGAUGGGAACCACACAUAUCUCAUUGAGCCAGAAGAAAAUGACACUUCCCAAGAGGAUUUUCAUUUUCAUUCGGUUUACAAGUCAAGACUGUUUGAAUUCCCCUUGGAUGAUCUUCCAUCUGAAUUCCAACAAUUAAACAUCACUCCACCAAAAUUUAUCUUGAAACCAGGACCAAAAAGGAUUAAACGGCAGCUUCGCCGACAUCCUCGUAAUGUAGAAGAGGAAACUAAAUACAUUGAACUGAUGAUUGUGAAUGAUCAUCUCAUGUUUAAAAAACAUCGGCUUUCCAUUGUACAUACCAAUACAUAUGCGAAAUCUGUGGUGAACAUGGCAGAUUUAAUAUAUAAAGACCAACUUAAGACAAGGAUAGUAUUGGUUGCCAUGGAAACCUGGGCGACUGACAACAAGUUUGCCAUAUCUGAAAAUCCACUGAUCACCCUACGUGAGUUUAUGAAAUACCGGAGGGAUUUUAUCAAAGAGAAAAGUGAUGCAGUUCACCUUUUUUCGGGAAGUCAAUUUGAGAGUAGCCGGAGCGGGGCAGCUUAUAUUGGUGGGAUUUGCUCGUUGCUGAAAGGAGGAGGCGUGAAUGAAUUUGGGAAAACUGAUUUAAUGGCAGUUACACUUGCCCAGUCAUUAGCCCAUAAUAUUGGUAUUAUCUCAGACAAAAGAAAAUUAGCAAGUGGUGAAUGUAAAUGUGAGGACACAUGGUCUGGAUGCAUAAUGGGAGACACUGGCUAUUAUCUUCCUAAAAAGUUCACCCAGUGUAAUAUUGAAGAGUAUCAUGACUUCCUGAAUAGUGGAGGUGGUGCCUGCCUUUUCAACAAACCUUCUAAGCUUCUUGAUCCUCCUGAGUGUGGCAAUGGCUUCAUAGAAACUGGAGAGGAGUGUGACUGUGGGACUCCUGCAGAGUGUGUCCUAGAAGGAGCAGAGUGUUGUAAGAAAUGCACCUUGACUCAAGACUCUCAAUGCAGUGAUGGGCUUUGUUGUAAAAAGUGCAAGUUUCAGCCUAUGGGGACUGUGUGCCGAGAAGCAGUAAAUGAUUGUGAUAUUCGUGAAACAUGCUCAGGAAAUUCAAGCCAGUGUGCCCCUAAUGUUCAUAAAAUGGAUGGAUAUUCAUGUGAUGGUGUUCAGGGAAUUUGCUUUGGAGGAAGAUGUAAAACCAGGGAUAGACAAUGCAAAUACAUCUGGGGGCAAAAGGUGAUGGCAUCAGACAAAUACUGCUAUGAGAAACUGAAUAUUGAAGGGACUGAGAAAGGGAACUGUGGAAAAGACAAAGACACAUGGAUACAGUGCAACAAACGGGAUGUGCUUUGUGGUUACCUUUUGUGUACCAGUGUUGGUAAUAUCCCAAGGCUUGGAGAACUCGAUGGUGAAAUCACAUCUACUUUAGUUGUGCAGCAGGGAAGAACAUUAAACUGCAGUGGUGGGCAUGUUAAGCUUGAAGAAGAUGUAGAUCUUGGCUAUGUGGAAGAUGGGACACCUUGUGGUCCUCAAAUGAUGUGCUUAGAACACAGGUGUCUUCCUGUGGCUUCCUUCAACUUCAGUACCUGCUUAAGCAGUAAAGAGGGCAGUGUUUGCUCAGGAAAUGGAGUUUGCAGUAAUGAGCUAAAGUGUGUGUGCAACAGGCACUGGAUAGGUGCAGACUGCAACACUUACUUCCCUUACGAUGAUGCAAAGACUGGAAUCACUCUGGCUGGCAAUGGUGUUGCUGGCACCAAUAUCAUAAUAGGCAUAAUCGCUGGCACCAUUUUAGUGCUGGCCCUUAUAUUAGGAAUAACUGCGUGGGGUUAUAAAAACUAUCGAGAACAGAGACAGUUACCCCAGGGAGAUUAUGUAAAAAAGCCUGGAGAUGGCGACUCUUUUUAUAGCGACAUUCCUCCUGGAGUCAGCACAAACUCAGCAUCUAGUUCUAAGAAGAGGUCUGCUUUUCUGUCGCAUUUUCAGAUUUCUACCUGUUCCAUCACACAUUAUUCCAUUAGUCAGAACAUUUCAUUAUUUUGCAGCAGGUCAAAUGGGCUCUCUCAUUCGUGGAGUGAAAGGAUUCCAGACACAAAACAUAUCUCAGACAUCUGUGAAAAUGGGCGACCUCGAAGUAACUCUUGGCAAGGUAAUCUGGGAGGCAACAGAAAGAAAAUCAGAGGCAAAAGAUUUAGACCUCGGUCUAACUCAACUGAGUAUUUAAACCCAUGGUUCAAAAGAGACUAUAAUGUAGCUAAGUGGGUAGAAGAUGUGAAUAAAAACACUGAAGGACCAUACUUUAGGACUUUAUCUCCUGCCAAGUCUCCUUCUUCAUCAACUGGGUCUAUUGCCUCCAGCAGAAAAUACCCUUACCCAAUGCCUCCACUUCCUGAUGAGGAGAAGAAAGUGAACCGACAAAGUGCCAGGCUAUGGGAGACAUCCAUUUAA